UGAAUUUCUCCAGACACUGCGGACAGGUACGCUUUGAGCCAAUCAAAACGCACCAUUUAUCCACGGUUCGAAAUUUGAAUGCAAAGCUCCAUGAGAAUUUUGUUCUCUUUCUUGAACAGCUGUGUUUACUGCAGACUUCGACGAUCAAGGAGUGUAAAUAUGAAGGUUUUAGAAAAUUCAAGCGCAAAUAAGCCAGAGGUAGAGAGAAGGGAUGCCUCUCUUGACCACUUUCCUCCUAAACCACAAAAAGAAGGAAAGUUUAUAAAUCUGCAAGACGCUGAUGAUCUGACAUCACUGAAUCUUUUAAAUGAAGAUACAGUGCUCCAGGUAAUAGAAGCUCGUUUUCAAACAGGAAAAGUCUAUUCAUGGGCAGGUGUUCCUCUUAUUGCUGUCAAUCCAUUCCAAGAUGUUGCUGAACUUUAUGAUAGCAAGAUGGUCAACAGAUACAAGAGUGGCAGUGCAGUAGAAAUCAAGGAGCACCCUCCUCAUAUAUUUGCUGUUGGCCAAAAAGCCUUCUGCGACCUGAAAAGAGAUCUUGAAACAAGGAACCAGUCGAUUAUUGUGAGUGGUGAAAGUGGAGCAGGAAAGACAUGGACAACACGUAGCCUGAUGCAUUUUAUUACUGACUUAACGGAAACGAGAACUGAGGAGGCUGCCAACGUGAACAGGAUUGAACAAAGUAUACUUGAUUCCAAUCCAAUUCUGGAAGCAUUUGGAAAUGCUCAGACAGUGCGUAACAGAAAUAGCAGUCGAUUUGGAAAGUACAUCCAACUUCAAUUUGAUCGAACUUGUUCCCGCGUCCUACNAGUGGUGAAAGUGGAGCAGGAAAGGUCAGUAGUGGAAAAGGUGGUAGAAGUGAAAGAUGUCCAACUAAAGCUUAGUAGAGUUCUAACAUUACCAUUCCCUUUACAGACAUGGACAACACGCAGCCUGAUGCAUUUUAUUACUGACUUAACAGAAACGAGAACUAAGGAGGCUGCCAAUGUGAACAGGAUUGAACAAAGAAUACUUGAUUCCAAUCCAAUUCUGGAAGCAUUUGGAAAUGCUCAGACAGUGCGUAACAGAAAUAGCAGUCGAUUUGGAAAGUACAUCCAACUUCAAUUUGAUCGGAGCCACAAGAUCGUUGGUGCUAGUAUUAACACUUACCUCUUGGAGAAGACCAGAGUUGUGCAUCAGGAAGAGGGGGAAAAAAUUUUUCACAUUUUUGACCAGGUACUCACAUCUUCCUUAAUAAAGCUUUAUGCUUGUAUAUCUUAUAUGGGCCUUCGAUUUGCAGCUCUCGAAGUAACGAGGCAAGCUCUAAGAAACGUUGGAAUUGACGAUCAACUUCAAUGUGAAAUAUUUAAGGUUCUCAAUGGUAUUCUCAAGUUUUGUGACGCUCAGUUCUCGGAUCCGAAUCCGUCAACCAACGAAACUUGCACUAUUCAAGAUGUUCAAGAAGCCUGUGAAUUACUGGGAACUGAAGCGGAGUCGCUCAAGCAGUGCUUAACAUUACGACGAAUCACAACGGGUUCCACUGGCGAGCAGUUCAUGAAGCCAUGUUCAAAAUCAGAAUGCGUGGAGAGAAGAGAUUGUAUGGCCAAACUGAUCUACUCCAGAUUGUUCGACUGGAUUGUUGACUUCAUAAAUGCGUCCAUCAGAGCUCCGUCAGAUUCGAAGUAUUCUUUUAUAGGUCUUCUGGACAUUUACGGCUUUGAAAACUUUCACUUCAACAGCUUGGAGCAGUUGUGUAUAAACUACGCCAACGAAAAACUACAGCAACAUUUCGUGUAUUACUUUAUGAAGAGACAACAGGAGGAGUAUCAAAAGGAGGGUAUUGACUGGUCCUUCCAAGAUUUUGUCGACAAUCGUUCUUGUUUGGAUCUCAUCGAGGGAAGAACAAGUGUCUUUUCACUAAUGAAUGAGGUGAUAAAACAUUUUUUACGCUCUAAAUUGUUUUUGCUUUUGAUUAAGGUCUCCCUUGACAGCCUGAUGUCCACGCUUCGCUCUACAAAUGUUCACUACAUUCGCUGUAUCAAACCCAACUCCAGUUGUCAACCUGGACUUUUCGACAGGAAACAGGUCAUGGCUCAGCUGAAUGCAUGUGGUGUGGUAGAGACAAUUCGGAUAAGCGCUGCUGGUUAUCCAAUCAGGCUCUCCCAUCACGAAUUUCUACAACGAUACAGCCUCGCUUUGAAGCAUCUCAACCCAGUGACGCGCAGUCAUGUAACUCAGUCCCAAGCCCACUCGCCGAAGAAAGCCGAAGCCUUUCCUCUGGUUCCCGCCGUGGAAAGACUGAAACGUCGCUCUCGUCGACGACACCGAAGUAGCUACGAUCACAAGAGACACAUUUGCCGGUCAAUCUUGGAAGUCGUCCAGGUUGACAGUGAUGACGUCAAGGAAAAUGUCCAUACGAACGACAGCGGUGUAAAAAUCGGGCGAACGAAGGUUUUCCUCCGAGAAGAAGCGAUGGAACGGUUAGAGCAAGUCCGGAACAGAUGUCUCACCAAAUCGGUGCUGGCUAUCCAGAAAAGCUGGAGACGCCAUAAGAGACGAAUUGAAAGGAGAAGAAACUCUGCAGCUGUUACAAUCCAAUCAGUUUGGCGAGGAUGGAGAGCCAAGAUGAAUUUCCAGAGAAUUCAAGAGGCAGUGAAAGUCAUUCAACACAACACAAAACGUUAUUUUUCCUUGAAGCGACUACAAGAAGAGUGUAACAUAAAAUUGAAAAGCGACACAUCGGCAGAAGAAUUCUUCAACGAUACCCCUCCAGACAAGAACCCUGCGCUAAAGGAUAACGCGCCUCAAAACUACACACCUUCGUCGCUGCCGCGAUCUUUUUCACCCGCCGAAACAACAAUUCGCCAAUUUGGACUUCUUUCUAGUUUAGCCACACGUGCUGUAGGAUCUUGGUUUGACCCGCUGGAAACGAAACCUGACCAGUUUACGCCGCAGAAUUAUUUUUCGGCCCCAUGUAGUAGACAAAUGACAUUCAACUCCACCAGAGGGCAUAUAAGUCCUCUAGCCAUGUUGAUGUGUAAUUUCAGUCCCGCAAAACCGCGGGUUGACGAUGCGGACAAACCGAGCUUAACGAUGCUGUCAGUCAAUAAAUCAUCGGCCAUUAUAUCACGCCGAGAUAUCGAAAAGAUGCCAGUAGCAUUUCACUGCAAAGGUACCCCUCUACCCCACGCUAACAGGAGACCACAUUCGGCAACCACAACCAACAUGGUAAUAACUUCCACUGGUAUACGUAAUAGCAAUUUUUUUAGCGACAACUAAAUAUAGACUUGGAGUCCUUCCCCUCCCCCUCCCUGGCCUAUGACUGCGCCCUACACAGAGAAUAAUACAAGGAAUUCCGUCAAAGGAUAUGCUCGACAGAGAGGUCGUAAGUGAAAUGAAACCUCUCGCACCUUAGGUAAAUUGGCAAAAAGGACUACCUCUUCUUCCUUAACCGUAACAAGGGAGGCUCAUUCGCCAUGUUUGUUCAGUG